AUGGCCUCUGAAUCUUCAACUCACAAGACGAAGCUUGAGAAGAAGACUUGUCUUAGUUUCCUUUCUAGUUUCACCCGAAGCCAAAUCGUGUACCCAACGCAAGGUAUCUCACACUACUACCCUUCCUGCCACAUGAUGGUCCAUGCUAUGAACAUUACACUUUGCGAUAAUUUUGAUUUCAAACGGGCCAAUCCCAACUAUCACCCCUACAUCCUCCGCCUCUACUGUGGUGUUCUCUUUUGGAUCCAGUGUCUUAGAGCUGGAAACGAUGUGAAUGAUCUUACUGAUGUUCAACACCGGUUCCUAAACCGGUUCUUGGACAACCAUCCCUUGGAAACUCUCGCUGUUCCCGGCCCUCUCCUCGGACUCUUCAAGACUCUUUGCUCUUCGCAGCCGGAGUUUCCUCAUAAUCAUAAUGGGAAAGUGUAUCCUCGCAUCCCUGCCCAACCAGGCCCGGCUCGACGUGACGCGUUCAUGCGAGAUCUUCUUGAAAGCCACUUCUUGCCUAACGUCCCUGGCAUCUUCGCCCUCUUGGAAGACUUAACCGCCUUUUUACCCAAUACCUCCCGUCUAUCCAAAGAGAGGCAGGCACAUUCCCGUUACCCAAAAUACCCCGAUCAAAGCCUGAAUGAGGCGUUUGCUGAUUGCUACAGCAAUUUUAACUUUCAGGUCACUUCUGCCGCUGAUAACCUCGAAAAGAUCUCUUCCUUUCUCCACAUGAAACACAGCAUGGCUUGGUUCAAUCAAGUAAAAGGAGUUGCGGAUGAUGUUGCUGCAUCCUUUGAAGGAUCCGGCACCCUUGCUGACUGCUCUCCACAUGGGUUGGUUGCUAACCAAGUCAUGGUCGUUCUCUCUACCCCGGAACAUCUUCCAGAAUCACCAAAUUGUAUUGCUGAUAAGCGUGCAACCUAUGAGUUCGGUUACCAGCUCAAAAGCACAGUUCGCAACCUCCCUCCCCUUGCGGAAGCACUUGCCGCCUUCUCUCAGACAUAUAUCAGGAUGUUUCCUAACCAUCCCUUCUUCGGGACGUUUGGGUCGAAAACUCUUGAUCAUGGCCCGUUCUGGAAAAUAAGGCCUAUUGGCUCCAGCCUUACCGAUAACAGCUCCUACCUCACUAUCCCAUCGAUUGUCAAGCAAGCAUUCAAAGGCCCAGCCACGUAG